UCUCGUGCUCCACAGAAUCAGACCUUCCACGAGCGUCAUGUGUCCUGUAGCUGCUCGCCUCCUGUCACGAGUGUGAGGCAUCGCUACCUGGACCUCUUCACGGAAAGAAGGAGGAGUCGUGUGAGCUGGUGUGCUCAUGGGCACACGUGGAGAUGAGGCCUAGUUUCCCAUCUUCUUGUGGUCACCCCUUCUUCUGAGGUGCUUUGUCCUCACUCCCCAGCAGUGCCUGGACACCGUCCGUCUCUCCUGCACACACUCCCGGGUUGCUCUACCGAGAGCCUUUGUUCCCUUCGUGCGUGAGGCAGCAGGAGGGCCAGUGCUGAGGGACUGGGAGGUGCAGCACGGCCUGGAACCUCACUGGUUUUGGCAGCCAUGUCAUCACCAACAGGAUAAUUGUUACUGAUGAGUUUCUUCUCUAGCUAGAGAGUCAGGUCAGUUAGGAAAUACCCAGGUGUGAAACGGCGGCCUAAAAAAUACCUGGGUGGGUCUUGAGUUCCAGUCACUUUGUUUCAAAGGUGGCUACACCUCUGGGAUCUUGAUGAAGUGCAGCGAGCCCAGACUGGAGUCUGGUUGACGUCCCGAUGAGUCCCGGCCGUGGGACUCGGGGCCCUUGCUCCCUUCCCAAGGGCGAGCGUCCUGGCCUGUCCCGGGAGAGAAUGGACUGGUUCUCCUGGUGCCUUCGGGCCCUCCAUCACCGUCCCUGGCGGCUGCCUCCCCACCUCUCCACGGCGCUAAGCUGAGCUUGCAAAGAACACGUGGCGCAGCCCCAGUGCUCGCUGAAUAGAUGAGCGACAGUGAAAGGGAGGGGCGGCCAGAGGUGUGUGAGAGGGAGGCGGAUGCUUGGGCUGGUUGUUUUUCUCGGUGCCGAUGGUGGCGGUGAAGGGACCACACCAGGGGAGAGAGACUGUCCCUUGGUGGAAAUAGAAUAUGUCUUUAAGACAGAUAACAGGAAAAGACCCACACAGUCGGCCUUGCCUGUUGGAUUCUGUGGCCCGCUUGCUCCUCCUGCUUUGCUGGGAGGAACUCACUGCUGGUUUGCUGGCCACGGGCAUCGCUCCUUCCCCUAGGGCCCAGCGGUCGCCAGAAGGCAGGGCCUGUUAUGACAGUCAGCGACAUCGUUACUUCCUGUUAUUGUGAGGGCCGCCGGUGACAACUUAGAAGAGGACAAUGCAGGCCUAAAAUAACCCCCCGGCCGAGACAAACGCUCACUCCUGUGCUCUUUCCUGCACGCCCCUCACCCCCUGCCCCGGACAUCGUGAAGAAAGAGUUUGGAAAUGUACCCGCCCCACUGAGAAUUGAUUUUGAUUGGGUUACCAGUAGUACCAAUAGCUAAAAACAAGGGUUUGUUACGUGUUCAACACUCUGCCAAACAGUUUAAACAUAUUAUCUCAUCCCCCCACCCCAGCAAACUUAGAAAGGAAGGAAUCAUUACCAUCCACUCGACCCGGAUGGGGAGUCGGGGCAAAAGGAGGGAAGGAUGUCGCAGAAGACACACGGGCAGAGAGCCAGGGCGCUGGCAUCUGGACCCCCACCCCGCACCUGCUCCUCGGGGACCGGCUGCAUGAUCACUGGUGACCUGCCCACAGGCACCGUCUCCUCACCGUGCUGUUCUCCCCGGAAGCCCUUCCUUCCUCCAGCUGGGAAAUUGAUCAGAAGGUGCACAGGAACCUGGAGUUUUAUCAUCAGCCCGUGCUAGCGUGGUCCUCCCAGCCCCUGGCCGGUCGCAGCCACGCCUACUGGCGGAGGAGAGAUCAGGAGGGCAGCGGCUUGCUGGGCCCACGGGACCGGGAAGACGCCAAGGUCCGAGGCAUGGCCCAGGCCCACAGCCUUCCGGAGCGCAUGAGGGAGGGGCCCCGGGAAGUCGGAGGAAGGACAGAGGAUGUGAUGAGGAAGGCGGUCUGGGAAGAAGAGCUGGGAAUGGCGGGUCCUGCCAAGUGGCAGAACGUAGGCCCCGGAAGCUGGAACCAGCCGCGGAAAUUAGGGAGGCAGAUGUCUGAUGGUAUUGGGGAGAAGCUGUUUCAAGACCUGCACCCUUUCGUGCGUGGGGAGCACAUGUUGAGCAAAGGGAAAUCCCAGUCUUUGCCUCGAGUUCUUUCCCCUGAGAGCCUGAGCUGCAUCGACAUUCCCAUCCCGUUAAGCGAUGGGCCUUUAGCGGCUGUUCCUAAAGGGCCAUUUCAUUCUCCAAAUCGUGUGCCUGACUUGGAAGCCGCCAGGAACCCUGAGAAGGGUGGCUCCUCGGCCCCCUCACCCCGGCCUAAGUUUGGGAGACCCAUCAAGCCUCCAUCCUAUGACUCCCACCAAUACUCCAGGGCCGGAGCGGAGAUCAGCGACCUCACAGCCAGCCAGCCGCCUGACCCACGCGCGUCCCACCCAGCGAAGACUAAAGACGCCAGGCAGGAGCUGGGGGUACCUGACCCCGGCCUGGAGCCCCCGGGGUAUGUGCCUCCGCCCUCAUACCGGUCCCCGCACCAGCCUGGCACAUACCCCUGCUCGGAGGAUGCGGCGCCCCGGCAUGACGGUGGUGGCUGCCGGGCACAGCCACAUUUUGGGGAGAAAGCUGGUGCCGGCGGUCGGCUCCCUCCGGGCUCCCUCGGUGCUGGGCCUGAGUGCAGCCCAGGCCCCCACUCACCUUGCGGGGUCCCUCCGCAACCCCACCCUACCACUGCUUAUGGCUCCGUCCUUUACAUUCCCUUUGACGACCCUCGGAUACGACACAUUAAACUAGCCCGACCCCAGGGUUUCUGGGAAGAAGUGAAGCCUGAUGGUCAGCCCUGCCCAUCUGGUCCUGCCCCUGCCCCAGAGCCAGCGUUGGGGAGCCUGCGGUGUGAGGGUGCCACUCCAUCAGGGAAUGAGAGGGACCCCGCCCCUGCCACUCCCAGCCCCCCAUGGCUGUGGGGCCAGCCUCUCAGGGAUGGAGAAAAUGGUGGCUUUCCUGACCAAAGAGACCACUGUGUUAUCACACAGAGACAGCGGUCCGACGUGGGGGACGGCCCACUAGGACUCCCUGAAAGCCACGUUUCCUCCCUAAACCCUGCAGGCGAGAGUACCUGUGAAACUCAAACCCAGCUCAGAAAGUUUGAAACUGGGAUGCAGAUCAAGAAAAGUUCAAAGAAAAAAAUGAACGAGACGAUAUUUUGUUUGGUUUCUGUCCCAGUCAAAUCAGAAUCAUAUCUGCCAGAUACAGAUACGAACAACAAUGACUUAAAACCGAGCAUGGAUAAAAAGAACGGGCCCGAUAAGAGCGCGGCUUUGCAAGAACAGAGUCUACUCAGCUUGUCCUCCACUGACCUGGAGCUGCAGGCGCUCAUGGGAGGCCUGGCUGGGAGAACAGAGCCCCAGAAACAAGACCUGGGGUGGCCCAGAGGAGACAGACACACAGACGACCUCAGGUUCACUCACCCUGCAAAACACAGAGAGCUCACGUGUCCUGGCUCGUGGCCUGGGCACCAGUACAGAGACCAGCAAACACAGACCAGCUUCCCCGAAGAAUCCCAAAGCCCGCGGCCCCUCCCCGGGGAGAAGCCAGGCGGGUCGCCUGACCCAGUGCUAACUCUAAAAUGUCUGAACCCUGUACCCUUCGAAGUGCAGAUGCAGGUGGCAUUGGCUUCCAGCGACCUGACCCACAGGCCUGGGGCUCAUCCCCUGAAAAGUCAGGGAUCCCUCAGCCCAUCCAACAACAGUGCUUUCUCCAGGGCUUCCUCGUGUGUCAGCCAGGCACCUGUGCCUAGAGCCGGCCAGGCACACCCCGGCGUGGACAGCCGUGGGCGUGGCACCAGCCCCGUGCCCAGGGGUGAGGUGGUCAAGGGGGAGACCACGGGCCCCUGCAACAGUCAGCAGCUCUUCGGGCAGUUCCUCCUGAAACCUGUCAGCCGCCGUCCCUGGGACCUGAUCAGCCAGCUGGAGAGUUUUAACAAGGAGCUUCAGGAGGAGGAAGCAAGCAGCCGUAGCAGCAGCAGCAGUGAGGAUGGUGAGACGGGGCAGCCCUGGGAAGGCCGUGCCAGCCCUGCAGCCCAGCAUGCGGGCUGCUGCGAGGACAGAGUUGAGGAAGCGCCGAGGAGGCUGGUGGCUGAGGACCCCGGGCCCUGGUGGGGAAGUGUCACGAGUAAGUCCGAGAGCUGGAGCGAGGAGCAGCAGCCUCGCUGCCGCAGCCCAUUGCAGGUGGAGGGCAGCAGAGGAGCCGCGUGGCUGCCACCACCAGGAAGCUCCAUCGCAGGGGAGGGGGACCAGGAGGUGGAGGAUGGAGUGACCGAGCCAGCAGUCAGCCCAGGACCUGCGAAACAAGUGACAUCUUCUAGAUUAAGUGAUGCAAUGCCAGUGUCCCCAGUGGAUCCAGCCGAAGCAAGGGAGCCCCUGCUGAGUCAGGAACCCCCUGGUGGUUUAAGUGCCCCGGAGCUGAGCGAGGCCAGCCCUUCAAGAGCUGGUGGUGGGGAGCAGGGGAGCUCUGGGGUCCUGGUCCCCCUCUCUCUUACUGGCAAACUCCGAGGCCUCUCAGCACCGGACUUGAGAUCUGUGGGGCUGACACUGGCGCAGGAGCGGAGCGCCAGCACGGUAGCAGGGUCCUCGGGGGAAGCCAGUGCAAUAGAAAUCCCCCCGAAUGAGUCCCUCCAAGCCAGGGCUGCCAGGAUCCUGGGCAUCGAGGUGGCUAUGGAGUCCCUGCUGCCGGGCGCCGGGAGGGUGGGGCAGAGCCAGCACCCCGAACCUGAUGGAGGCACCCAUGGCCCCGAGUCCCCUGGGCAGGAGUCUGUGUCCAGCCCGGCCUGCCGGGAUGAGCCCUCGGCAUCCACCGACGCCUUUCACGGCAGGAGGAAGUGCGGCUGGACCACAAGCCCUCUCUUCGUAGGAGAGAGGGACGUCCCCCGACGGGCUCCCCAGGCUUCUGAGCCCAAAGGGGUGGACGGGGACACCCUCAUCCCCAGCCAGGCCCCCGAGCCUCAGCCCAGCCUCCAGGAGCCCCAGCCCUUCCAUCCCAAGGACGUGGGGACAAAGCCACCCUUCAGGUCCACCUUGUUCCAUUUCAUAGAGAGGACCCCCAGCUUGGCAGCCUCCGAGAAGAGGCUCCGAAGCACUUCCAAAGUGAUUGAAAGUUUACAGGAGAAACUGGCUUCCCCCCCGAGGAGGGCAGACCCUGACCGUCUGAUGAGGAUGAAGGAGGUGAGCUCCGUGUCUCGGUUGAGGCUCCUGACCUCCCGUGGCACUGAGUCUGCAGAGGAGGCCGAGGAGCCGACGGCCGAGAAGAGCUCCAGGGUGCGACCUCUCAACGCCAGGCACCUGCUCUCUGAGUCCAGGGGCGCUUUCCCGCUGGGAGAAGACGGGCACCAGGCGGCACGACGGGAGGAGAACGGCGGGCAGGACUUCUGGUGCCCAGAUUCGUACGACCCUAGCAGGGUGGAGAGGGUGUGACGAGAUGCCAGUGAAACGCGGGGCCCCCGUGGUUGGCCGAUGGCAUGAGGUCUGAGUCCGCCCCUCAGCCCCUCUUGCCCUGUAAGAGCUGGGAGCCGCUGGCUUUUCCUGCGCUGCAACAUCCUUUCCCACGGCUGCCAGGAAGCUCACAGGCCUCCAGAAUCGCUUUAUGGAAAUAAAGCAGUAGUCCACUGAAACCAUCUGUUUCCAUAGCACGAAGAGUUAAUACCUGUAUUUAGGGAAGAGUCACAGAGACUCUCCUUAGUGGUGGGUUUAGCCAAGCUGGUAAGUAGUUUGGUGUUAACUUGGCUGUGUGUGAAAAAUUCAAAUGCCGACAAUGUAGUGAAUGAUAUUGGAAGGACUGAAUGUCAGAAGUUCCCCCUCGCAGCCCCAUGCCCGCGGUCUACACUCGUGUUCAGGAGCUUGGCACGUAGGCCGCUGCUGGAGUUUCAGCACUUUUGAGUUUCGGGGAAAUGUGAAUGCAUAUAUAUGACCCACUUCUAAUCCAUCUGGCCUUCUGCUGCUGGAAGUCACUUUACUCAUAAGUCACUUGCCAUCAGAGAAUAAAAGCGAUAGCUUUUAAGUUCCUGAAGGAUUCAGCCUUGUGCUGUAACAUACUAAGAGUGUUAUUUAUCUGGCAGUGAAGUACUUUGAUCGUUUGCAAACAUGCCAUCGUCUGCUUUGCACUCAGUAUUAUCUAUUUUUAUUUCCUGUAUGGAUGUUUAGAAAUUCUUUAUAUGAAAAAUAAUUGCCGGUUUAAAAGAAACCAUUUUAACAAAGUAACUAUAUUUCUUUUUACAAAAAAAUGCUAUUUUUCUAUGAUGUAAACAGUUGUUAGGUGGCAGAUUUUUAAGGAAGUUUAUUGUAUUUAAGAGUCUGUGUCCCUUUGUGUGAGAAGAACCCAGAGAGGGUUCACAUUUGCUGUAAAGCAUAUCCGCCUGACCCAUUCACAACUCUGCUACUUUUAUUUGAGAAAGAGAUGUCAAUACAGACAUUUUUCAGGGUUAAUAAAACUAACUUUUCAGAAAGAAAAAAAAAUUUUUUUUUUAACAAAUGUAGCUGUUAAGGUUAUAUCUGAAAAUAACCCUCUUAAAACCAGCCAACAUCCUCACGACAAAUUUUCGCUGCCAUAUCCCCUAGAAUUACCAAAAACAGUUUCAUCUUUGUACGUCUAUGGCAGUCUGCCCUAAGACCAUACUAUACCCACCCACUUUAAAGAAAUAUGUAUUUUUAUCUAGAAUGAUCCUUAAUUAGUGUCCGCAUAUUUUUGGAAGUGCUAGACAUGAUAUGUAUGCCAAUACAAAAGUACUAUGAGGCCUGUGUAUUCUACUGUGUUUACUAUUGCAUUAACCUGCGCAAAGUUUAUGCAUUUUGUAUGCAUUUGUCCCUUCUUUCCAAGUAAGGCAUUCUUGUGAGCUAACGUUUCCUGAAUGGUUUCUGGUCUCCCUCCUUUUCCUCUCCUUUUAGUUUUUCUUCUCUCUCUCUCUCUCUCUCUCAACCACCUUAGCUAUUUUUAGGCGUUUCAAAUUCCUAAAAUGUGAACUGUUGGAUGGUCUGCAUUUUGGCCCUAAAACGACUCUGGGCUUUCAUGGCCUGUUUUUAUCUGUACCAUAUGAUUUUAUUUCAUCAGAACUUCAUGUAUUUGGACUGUAAUAAACAACACAGAAUCUAA